AUCGAUAUCAGUAUACUUUUAUGAGGGUAUAAAAGUCGUUUCUCGGUACUAGUGUUUUCACCCAACCUCAUCAAGACAUACAAAGGAGAUGUCCAACUGUCGGCACCGCUCUAUCUCUCAAAUGCUUUCGGGCAACGUACAAUGGGCGGAUAACGUCCAACAAACAAAUCCGAAUUUCUUCCCCGAGUCAGCGGGGAGAGCUCAAUCACCCCAUACGCUCUGGAUAGGAUGCGGCGAUUCGAGAGUACCAGAAACGGUCAUCACUGGUACGAGGCCUGGUGAUAUCUUCGUCAACCGGAAUGUUGGAAACCAAGUCCAGUUCAACGACGAAAACUUGAUGGCGACUCUAACAUUUGCCGUCGAUCAACUGGGCGUAAGAAACGUCAUUGUAUGUGGGCACACUGGAUGCGGCGCCAUAACUGCCAGUUUCAGAGCCAGUAAAACAGUGAUCCCUGGUCGAACGCCGAUCACACUCGACGUAUAUUCCGCUGACUCUCCCUUGAACCGUUUCCUUGCUCCUCUAACCACGUCGAUUGCGAAUUUGGUCCCAAACCUGCAGAUAUCUUCUGUGGUGGAAGCGGAGGCAAUUCCAGUCCUUAUUCGUGAGAAUGUGAAGGUGCAGGUAGAUAAUCUUUGCGAGACGGAGGUUAUUCAGAAUGCAUGGCGUACAAGGCCUGUGGGAGAGGAGCUUACGGUUUAUGGAUGGCUAUAUGAUGUUGGAACGGGAAGAAUCCAGGAUAUGGAAAUCUCUCGAGGACCAGAAUCGUUGCCUAAACCCCGCGUUUUUUCAACUGAAAAGAUUAUGUUGUAGUACUAGUUAGCUGCAUACUGUAAGCGUCUAAUUAAGCGCCGUAGACGAUCACUCAAAUCAAGUUCGCUCAAUC